GCUAAAAUGGCCCUUGCGGAACAAAAAGCGAGAACUUUCAGACGCGCCGUUGUUAACAAAGCCAAAAACUACACACCUAUAGAAACUAAAGUUCGUGAGGCUACCUCAAAUGAUCCAUGGGGACCAGAAACAAAUCUACUCAACGAGAUCGCAGAUGCAUCGCACAAUGUUGUUGCGUUUGGGGAAAUCAUGAAUGUACUCUGGAAACGCAUCAAUGAUGACGGCAAAAAUUGGAGACAUGUUAUGAAAAGCUUAGCUGUUCUUGAAUGCCUGGUGAAAAGUGGAUCGGAAAAAUGCGCCGAACAGUGUAAGAAGAACAUUUAUGCGAUAGAAACUUUGUCUACGUUUCAGCACAUCGAUAAGGACGGAAAAGAUAUGGGUCAUGUUGUUCGAGAAAAAGCUAAAAAUUUGGUUCUUCUCUUGAAAGACGAUGAAAGACUCAGAUCUGAGAGACUAAAAGCGUCUGCGCUCCGCGAAAAGAUGGGAGCUACGACUGUUUGGAGUAUUAGUUCAAAUGGGCAGCGUAAUGUGGCCUCUGGGACUGCUUGGAGGCCAACUUUUCCGCCAGAUUCUGUCCCAGAACAUCGGGCUCAUCGAUCAAAUACUGGUUCAUCCAGUGGUGGCGCCGAUUCUGCAUUUAUUGCAACUGAGAUGAAAAAUGCACUACCGAGCGAUGCAACUGAAGAAGAGCUUCAAUUACAACUGGCUCUCGCUUUGAGCAAGGAAGACGCAGAAAAGGAAGAAAGCCAACGAAAAAAUGCGGAUAUUCGUUUACAAUUGGCCCUAGAAGAAAGCAAGAAAGAAGAAAAGCGCAAAAUCUCAACAGGUAAUGCUGAUUUUCUGUCUCUAAACAUGGCUUCAGGUAUAGCGCAACCUACACUGAAAGAGCAGGCACAAAAAGCAAGGUCUAUGUCCAGUCAAGCUAUGGUAAGUCAAUCGUCGUCAUUUGAUCCUUGGGGGCAUAAAGGCUCUGAUGCAACUAAUGAUCCAUUUGGUGGACCGGCAGUUGACUCCUUUGGUGUAGUUGGUCUUCAACCAAGUAUGUCACCGUAUCCAAAUUUUUUCACUGGUUCAGGAAGUGAAAUGCCGGCUCCUUUAUUACCAUCUUCAAACAGUAACAGUUCUCAUGAUGCAAACAUAUCUCAAUCAGACGGCCUGUGUCAAUUUGAACGACCGAAGUCACCUUCGGAGCAAGCUGCCGAAACGUUUUUAGGCGACCAUGCAAAACUGGUCAACUUUGAUAACCUAAUAACACCUACCAGAUCAGCAAUCAAUGGUCAAAUUUUCCCUUCUGCCAAUCCUUUUUCUGGAUCUAUUCCAGCUCGAGGAAAUCCUUUCCAACCACCAAAAGCGCCCCAACCUUCUAUAAACGAGCUGCGAACUAAGCAAGGGACAUUUUCAAAUAGCGCUUCAAAUAGUUCAGGUCCCUUUGACUUGCUUGGACAACAACCGCAACCUGUGUUCACUCCUUUCUCACAAGUUUCUCAACCAGGGACGAUGCAAUACCAACAGCCCCCGUCGAUUCCGGAAUUUCCUUCCGGGUUUGCAAAUCAUUCAGCUCCUCCCAUGGAAUCUUAUCAGAACACUAAUAAUGACCUCAAUCCGUUUCGAUAACGGAAGUUCAUGAGAUAAAUAGAAAAGAAUAAGAAUGUGGAUGCCCAUAGUUAACGACACCAACCGAGGGUAGCAGAAUGUUUAAAUAACGUUUUUUUUCUGUAUAUUGAUAGAAAAAAAUAAUAUAGUAGAUGAUAGAAUUCAAGACUUGGCUGGGCGCUCUUUUUUUUUGUCAAAUUGCACUGUUUGUGGACAAUAUAUGCAACUGCUCGACAAUGAAGCAUAAAAAAUUUCCCAUUCGAAAUAAUUAUCUGUUCAAACAAUUGGCGACUGGAUGAGCUCAUGCAGACCUAUUUUCGUGUAGAUAAAAAAUUGUUUCCUUUAAAAUCCCUUGCAUUUGAUCCGUGAUUUGAUACAAUGUGUGGUCUGCUAGUCUUCCUGAAUUAUUUUCUACGUCCCUGCAUCUUGGGCUCCAUGUUGUAAAUGUUUUUCUAUAUAAUGAAUUCAAAG